UAAGACUUCCAACAGCCUUUCGUUCACGACGCGUUUUGCCUUUGCCUCUUACCGCUUAAGCCUUUGCGACUCCCAUCAUGAAGAAAUCUGUCGGUCUUGUCCUUCUUCUCACGGCAGCUUUUGCCUACUCCGGUGUUGAAGGUACAAGUGGGUGUGAAAAUGGCCUAAACUACGUGGCGGCGACCUUAUACGAAAGACCUGUCUUCGGCGUCUGCAAGUCGGAUCCAGAGGGAAAAGCAUCCUUGGCCGCCCUCGCAGGUAAUCCUGCCUGCAAAGACUACAAGUUCAUUACCCGCCAUUGCGAGUGCGAAGUUCUCGCUGCUCCCUACAUGAAAUGUGUUGCGGGAAAACAGGGUUUCUUGAAGGCUGAUGGCUCCAUCGACAGCGAGAAGAUCAUAGGCUUGUACAAGAUGUGGACCAGCAAAGCCUGCGACGUCGCUCAGUUCGACUCCGCUGCGAAAAAAUGUGGCACUGAAAUCGAGAACUACGCGUACCUAGAGAAGGCCGCAUGCAUCGCCAGGAAGUCGAAAAAUUUCACUGGUUGACCUGCACAAUUUUGUCCUCAUGCCUUCAUCUGACUGCCGGCUUUGAAGUGUUCACAACAGGUGCACAAUAAUAAUUAGGGGACCACUUUCUCCAGUCAAUGCGUCCACGUGCAAGAAAAAUUGUCUAAUCGGAAGUUCAUUGUAAUUUAUGAAACAAUACAUUCAAUAAAUUCCUACUUAUAAUUAUAUUAGCAAUUGUUAUUAUAUUCAAAAGUGAAAUUGGAACAGUUCUGAAGAAAUGAAGCAUUUCUCUUUGUUUUAUGUCUAGAAAUUUCUAUUUGUUGCACUUGAAAUUGUUAGAAUUCUACUAGUUCAAUUCCGUGUGGCUUGAAUGUAAGUUCACUUGCAUUAGCGUGCGAUCAUUAUAAACUUAUAUAUUAUCAUGAAUCAUAAUGCUUUUAGCGUUCCUUGCACUUCAAAAUGAAUGACUUGUUGUUGUCCUUCGAUUCUCUGCCCUUGUUUUUUCUUCUCCUGACAGGUUGAAAACGUUGCUGAACACUUCAACAAUGGAACUUUUUAUUAUUUCACCCAAGCUGUGCGAAAUAAUUUACAAUACAUUA